ACACACACACACACACACACACACACACACACACAAACACACUUGGUUUCCUGUUGUGAGCAAUCUUGGCAGCGGACAGGUGACAGUAUGCAGGAGUCUCCAGGUGCCAUGGGUGUAGAUGGCAGCUACGCCAGCAAUGUUCCAGCCUUUCUCACCAAGCUGUGGACCCUGGUGGAGGAUCCAGAUACCAACCACCUCAUUUGCUGGAGCGCUUCCGGGACAAGUUUCCAUGUGUUUGACCAGGGACGCUUUGCCAAGGAAGUUCUGCCAAAGUACUUUAAACACAAUAAUAUGGCGAGCUUUGUUCGACAGCUCAACAUGUAUGGUUUCCGUAAGGUGGUGAACAUUGAGCAGAGCGGUCUGGUGAAGCCUGAGAGAGACGACACAGAGUUCCAGCAUCUGUACUUCCUCCAGGGACAUGAACACAUGCUGGAACACAUAAAGAGGAAGGUAUCCAUAGUGAAGAGUGAGGAGACCAAAGUUCGCCAGGAGGAUCUCAGUAAACUACUGUAUGAAGUCCAGCUUCUCAGAACACAACAGGACAACAUGGAGUGUCAGAUGCAGGACAUGAAACAGCAGAAUGAAGUGCUGUGGAGAGAGGUGGUCUCACUGAGACAGAAUCACACACAGCAACAGAAAGUCAUGAACAAGCUGAUUCAGUUUCUGUUCAGCCAGAUGCAGUCGAACCCACCCAGCACUGUGGGCCUAAAGAGAAAGCUGCCCUUAAUGUUGGACGAUGGCUCUCCCAGCCCUCCUGCCUCCAAGUUCAGCCAUAGUCACCCAAUGGAGCCCAUGCAUGAGCCCUUCUACAUCCAGUCGCCUUCCAGUGAUACCGCUUCUUGCUCUACUAGUGGGCUCACAGGAGGACCAAUUAUAUCAGAUGUUACUGACAUGUCUCAGGCCAGUAUGGCCCUCCAGAUGCAGCCUGAUGAGACUAGGGAGAAGUGCAUGAUGCUAAUCAAAGAAGAGCCAGUAAGCCCAGGAGUGAGAGGAGGAGGGAAAGGAGGCAGCUUAGGGGGAGGAGAGGCUGUAGCGUUGACCUCUUCCUGUGAGGUGUGCUCCUCAGAACCUCCUGUUCUCCCCGUCGCUAUGGUCCAGUCUGUCCUGGAGGGCAGGGGCUCUGUGGCUUCUAUGAUGGAGAAGAGGAGCAAGAGACCUGCCCUAGACAGAGUGGAAGUUUCAGAUGCAGUGGAGAAUGUGGACAUGAGCCUGGAGGAGCUGCAGCAGCUGCUGCUCAGGAGCCAUCAGCAGAGUACUGUGGAAGCUGGGACCAGCGCUGUUAUGGAUCCCUUCAGUUUAAGCCUGCCUCUGACUGAGUGGAACUUCACUGAAAUGGAGUCCAACCUCAAAUCAUACAUGUUCCAGAACCAGGAAGCGGAGGCUUUUCCAGCUACUGGCUGUCAGGAACAGUGAUCGAUCUCGAUGGUCUUUUCUGAAGGGGAAGGCCACAGAAGCUGCUGUCCUCCUCAUUAUCGCAUAUCUGCAUGGGUUUGAUCCCACGGCCCUGCCAGGCUGUUUCUUACACGUGGCUUUACUUUCUUUCUUUUCCAUUCACAUACCUACAAAAUGCAGCAAUGAAAAAGCCUGUAUCCUUAUAUUUCCUGGCCAGCUGACUGCCAUUGGGCCUAUCAGCCACCGGCUCUGUGGGCAUCACCGCUGUCUGCGUGAGGAAAGACACUGCUCUAAGUUUUACAUAGUGACCCAAACAAACCAGUGUGUUUUCACAUAAUAAUAUCUAGACUCUAAUAUAAAAGCCAGCUGGAUGCAGACAGUGCAUUCUUGGCUCCAGCACUUUAGUCUUUGUGUGAGAGGGAGUUCCUGCUUGUGGAAGUGACUUUUUCCUCCUCUACUGUAUAAAGAAUCUAUUACAGCUGUACAAAUGAAUAUUUUUAUUAUUUUAUCCUUAUUGCAAAAAUAUUGUAUUUGUAUCCAAGGAAUCCUAUCUUGGGGGGCAAUGUAGCAUACUGUAUAUUACAAGUUAUGUGAUUUUUUUUUUUCAGUCUGUGUAAGAGUGUUGAAAAUGUAAGUGCUCCUCAUAUAUUUCAUGCAUUUCAAAUCACGAUAAAUGUGUUGAGAUAGAUCAGAGGUGUGUUAGCCUUCCGUGAUAUGAAAGGUUCUUCUAGCAAAAAAUAUGGAUUCCAGCCACUCUAAAAUCUGUUAAGAAACCUUUAGUUUUUUUUAAAACAUAUCACGAAAGGAGGUUUUACACACUGAAGCACCCAUCUAAUGUAUCUUUGCACAGGCCUGACAUGUAGCUAGAGACUUAGAGUUACUUCUCUUCUGUCCAUUUAAAUGUGAAGUUUAAAGGAAAUAUUAAAAGAUAGACUUCUCAUUUGACAAAACCAUGAACACCACUGCAUUUUUGCACAAUCUGUAUCACUAUUUAUAUAUAGUUAUGACAACGGCUCAUAUAUUUUCUGUUUGUAGAUAACAAACACUUUGUUGCUCUACACAUGCAUGUCUAAAAGAGAUACUGGCCUCAAUAACAGGGUUUUCCAAAACUCAAAAGCAAAAUUAAGACUUGGAGACAUGAUGUCUCUGAAUGUUACUGCUGUUUUGAUUUGGAAACAAAGGCCACACAUUGAGUUAAGACUUGAGUGUGCAUGGAACAUAGAAAACCCUGAUAGAACGUCAAGACAGUGGGAUGCUACUUUUCAUACUUUGUAAAGCAGAGAGAGAGAGAGAGAGAGAGAGAGAGA